AUGGAAGUGGACGAAGAAACGAAGAGCGCUGUAAUUCCGGACAGCCUGCAAGAAAGUAACGAUGGCUGUGCUUCCGGAAAUAGCGCCUCAACCUCGAGUAAGGAACCUGCUGAGGAAACGACGGAAGCAAAAAAGGAAUAUCAUGGACCGAGGAUGACGAAAGAGGCGCUGAAGAAACUCUGCCGAGAACAUGACCUGUAUUCCGUGCCCGCCCUCAACGACGUCCUCUACCUCCACUUCAAAGGCUACACGGAAAUAGAAAACCUCGAGGAGUACACGAGCCUCAAGUGCCUCUGGCUGGAGAACAACGGCUUCCGCGCCAUCACCGGCCUCCACCACCUCCGCCACCUCCGCUCCCUCCACCUCCACCACAACCUCAUUACCUCCUUGGAUGGACUUCAGAACCUGCGCUCCCUCGUCACGCUCAACGUCUCCUACAAUAUGAUUUCUAGGAUCGAGCACCUCAGCCUAUACAGUACAUAUAACCUCUCUUGA